UUUCCACUGAUUGCCUUGACUGGGUGAGGAACCCAUAUAGCUCAACUGCAGUUGGAAGGGACAUAACUUUGCAGGAGCAGGAAGAAAUAACUGAACUGAGACAAGAUCGUGGUCUUAAGCUGCGCUUUUCGGAUGUACCUUUGGACAGUUUUUGGCUGACUGCUGCCAAGGAGUUCCCUAUUCUGGGAGACAAAGCAAUUUCAGCUCUUCUCCCUUUCUCCACAACCUAUCUAUGUGAGCUGGGCUUUUCAAGCAUGACUACUUUAAAGACUAAGAAAAGAGCGAGACUCAGAGCUGUUGAGGAAGAUCUUCGUGUUUGUCUUUCUUCAAUUCCUGCAAGAAUAUCAGCGUUGUGUUCAACCAAACAGGGCCAAAUUUCACACUGAAACCGGCCCUGCCGCCCCUUUGCAUGUACAUGCGUGUGGCUGUAAGUAUUGGUGUGGGCGGGCUGCCGAAAACCGAGGGGAAGAAGUGGAACCGCUGACCGUAGAGGGAUGACCAACCUGACGUGAUCCCACGUGUGACGGAACGCUCUUUCACCUCUAGUCAUCAUAUCGACUCGAGCCAGUCAAUCCUUGUCCUUCUGUUGCGAGGUCAGAUAUGGAGGGAGACGGCAGCCAAGUCACGUCUGCAAACCCGAUCGAUCCGCAACACUUCCCGGGCAAAAUGUUUAUCGGUGGGCUCAGCUGGCAAACAUCACCAGACAGCCUUAAACAUUAUUUUAAUACAUUUGGGGAAAUCAGAGAAUGUAUGGUAAUGAGAGACCCAACAACAAAACGUUCCAGGGGAUUUGGCUUCGUCACUUUUGCAGAUUCUGCCAGCGUAGAUAACGUCUUGGCACAGCCGCAUCAUGAGUUAGACUCUAAAAUGAUUGACCCAAAAGUUGCCUUUCCCAGACGUACUCAACCCAAGAUGGUAACAAGAACAAAGAAGAUUUUUGUGGGAGGAAUAUCAGCCAACACGAUAAUUGAGGAUGUGAAGCAUUACUUUGAACAAUUUGGCAAGGUAGAAGAUGCCAUGCUAAUGUUUGACAAAACAACUAGUCGACAUAGAGGUUUUGGAUUUGUAACAUUUGAAAACGAAGAUCUAGCGGAGAAAGUCUGUGACAUCCAUUAUCAUGAAAUAAAUAAUAAAAUGGUAGAAUGCAAAAAAGCCCAACCAAAAGAAGUAAUGUACCCACCUGGGACACGGGGUCGGGUCAGAGGUCUGCAGUAUACAAUGAAUGCUUUCAUGCUUGGUUUGGGUAUGCUGAGUUAUCCAAAUAUUAUAGCGACAUAUGGCAGAGGAUACUGUGGUUUUGCACCAAGUUAUAGUUACCAAUUCCCAGGGCUCCCUGAUUAUGGGUUGUGCUCUUUGGCUGGAACCAGCGCUGACUUGAGGGGCGUAGCACAGUACUCCAUGGCUGACUAUGGCUCCCUCGGGCCACAGACGGCAGCUCAGAUGUUGCCUAAUGAGCAUGCCAGAUCGGCCUGCAAUUCUCCCAGCGCCCUUCAGCACCACCUUCACAGCCCAGACCCUUUUAAGAGACCAGGGUCCAUUGAUUGCAACAGCUUUUGCUAAUGGAUAUCACUGAAAGUCAACAUGUGGCUGGUUGUCAUCUCCUUUCAGGCAGCCAUGGAGCAGACCAGGGAAAGCAGGCGAGGAAUUGUAAACUCUUCCUGUGUGUUGGCUGCAUUAACCAAUACAGCAUCAGUGUGGCCAGCGACAGCAGUGGAAUGGCAGUACAGUGGACUCCCGCUAUUCCUGAGGAAUAAGGACCAGGGCAGCUCUGCGUAAAUCUGCGUAAAAUUGACGGUCAUUUUGAAAAUUCUAGAAUAACAGUGGAUAAACCACAAAAGACAGGAUCGGUGCAUAGGUGUCAACGGGUGCCAAACUACGAAUACACGGGUGUCCAUUGUACAGUGAAAACCACCUCAGAAAUAAAGAUGAGAGUUUUACUCUGCUAUAUACUGUACCCUGAUCUCUAACUAAGUUGGGCUUCCAGGGAUGAAAAUCUUCCGCGGAUCCGCGGAUUUCCGUGUUUUUUCAUUUUCGUGAAUCGUGUAAAUCCGUUAAGAAAAUGUUGUUUAUAGAUGGGGAUGGGGGGGGUGUAGGGAAGUGGGCAACGUUAGCCUCUGCGACUCGCGAGCAUUCGCCCGCCGUGAUGGCAUCUUACGGGAAUCAGCUUCCCUCUGUAAACCUAACUAACUGGCAACAGUGAUGCGACAACAUCCGCCUUAUUUUCUGCACCAUUUUGGCACUACUUUCCUCACAUCAUUUCCACUUGUUAACUUAAUUUACGCGGAGAAGUAUUUUUACACCGCCACAAUGUGAAUUUGCGAUUGGGUUUUCAUCACUUGUUGAUGAGGUAUUUAGUUAGAUAGAUCUAGGGAUAUGUACAUAUACAUACAUACUAGGGGUGUAACGAUACAUCGGUACACAUCGAUUAAUCGAUAUUACGCUCUACGAUUUAUUGGCAUCGAUGCUAAAGGUAAACAUCGAUUUAUAUCGCCGUGUUUGACCUCGGACAUUAGACGCGACUUUAUUUUGAAAUCCAGUUCAUUGUUGCUUGCUUCCUCUUUCCGGGAGCAGUGCGCGCCGCGGCGUUGUUGUGUUGUGAGCAGAGCAGCCACGUGAAAGGGGAGUCGACAACUAGUACGCGGCUCCUGGGCUGGUGCUAUGGCUAGUGUCCAAGAAGACGAG